AUGCUAUCACCAUAUAAAUCAUUACCUUUAUAUUUACAUCAAAGAAUUUUAGAAUAUUGUUGGUAUGACAACACAAUAGAGUUUAAAUGGAAAUUAUCAUUAAAUCUAAUUUCAAAAAAACAUUUCAAUUUUAUUUCAAAAUUAUUUACAAUCCUAAACCACUCUUUAUUAAAGGACCCUUCAUUAAUAGAAAAAAUAGACAACCCAUAUAAUUGUUAUAAAUACCCACUAUCGAUG